AUGUUCUACAUUGACGAUUUAUUUUGGACAUCGUUGAACUACGCCACGAGCUGGGUGGGCCUUGUCAGCAUCCUAACGUACCUGUUGGUGGUGCUCCUGCAGCAGUUGGCGCUGCACGUGCCGCAGAACCUUAAGAAGAAGUACGCAGCCGAAUGGGCUCUUGUAACAGGGGCGAGCAGUGGCAUUGGAAAGGCCAUUGCGGAGAAGCUUGCCGAGCAGAAGAUCAAUGUUGUUCUUGUUGCAUUGGAUGACCCACUUCUGAGUAGUACCUUCGCGGAACUGCAACAGAGGUACCCCAAGCAAAGUUUCAGGAAGGUAGGAGUUAAUCUGGGUGAGGAAGGGAUGCGGUACAUGCAGCCUAUCGUCGAAGCAACAAAGGACCUUCAUAUCAAUUUGUUGUUCAACAACGCCGGUUACAUCAACACAGGACUCUUCGCCGACACCACCAUUGAGCGGCUGCGCGCCAAUAUGGAAUGCAAUGCUGGAUGUGCUGUGCCAAUCACGCACCAUUUCUUGCGUCAAAUGCUGCAGCGGCAACAGCGAGGUCUUGUGAGCUUCACCUCCUCCGCCUCGUGUUACCUUCCCGGACCAACCGCUACGUUAUACAGCCCAACUAAGGCUUUUCUAACAAACUUUGCAACUACUGUUGCGGCGGAGGUGCGUGACGCGGGUGUUGAUGUUGUGGUCAUUCACCCUUCACCUGUCAACACAAAUUUCUACAAGAACCAGGGCCCACUGCUCAACUCACUCAAGACGGCACAAAGCGCAGCUGGUUCGCCAAUGAACAUCGCUGAACAAAUAUUCGCCGCCGCGGGGCGCCUGACGGUUUGGGACCAGGGAGUUACGUGUGCCGCAUUCCGUAUCGUGAACAAAGUCAUCGACUUUCAGUUGUUUUCUGAGCUCGUCGUUCGCUUUGCGUGGCUGAACGGUGACCACAAAAGGCUCGUAGCAAAUUCCAACACACGCGGGAAGAAGCAGUCCUGA